AUGGAGGCAGAAGGGUCUGCAGAUGAAGCCAUCAAACUGAAAGUAAUCAUCAACGACAACAGAAUAGAGAAAGUGGUUCUGCCCUCUCAACCUGAUUCACUGAAUGAGCUGAUAUCAACGCUCAAGGAGAAACUACAUCUGAAGUUUGAUUUCUGUCUUCUUUAUGAAGACCCUGAUUUCAACAAUGAGCUCUUCAACUUAGAGACCAUUGAAGACUUGCCUUCUCCUAGGGCUACGGUGAAAGUUUUGCCAAUACGACGUGAUACAGACCUCGGUUUAGCUGGACUCUCAGCCACUGAGUUACAGGACGCCCCACCAGAGCGGCUAGGCAGGUGGCCUGAGGUAUUUGUCAUACCCACUUUCUCGAUGGAGGUUGAGUUUGCUCUGAGAGAGGGCAAUUGCGCAUAUCUGAGACAUGAAACUGUGCUGAAAAUAACAAGGGAUCAAAAACACAACAUUCUUGAUAGGAUGGCAUGGACCAUCUUCAAUUUCAAAGCUUACCCAAGUGACAGGCAGUUUGCCAAGGCAGCUGAGGCCCUUGUAACCAAGCACCCAUGUUUGAAAGAGCCUGGCUCAAGAACAGGCUGUGAUGGCUGGAAGAAUAGCCUGAAAUUCAAAAUGGGAAACUACAGGCAGAAGUUACGCCGUGUUGGGUUCCCAGAGGUUGCUGUGAAUGGGGGGAGGAGGAGCAAGCAUCGUCCUGACAAUGAGCAUGCUCGGAGCAACAUUAAACGAGCUCGCCGGGCAGAGGUGAACUUCCUGCCCAACUUCCCUCAAGGAGAAGACGAGGCCAGCCUGGAGAAACAGAGACUGGAGAUGGUCCACGAAAUUACGAAAGAAAACAGAGACCUGCCACUCAUCAAUCAACACAUGCAGAAGACAUUUGCUCUCCGACGCCAAGAAAUCGUGAAAUCCAGUCCCCCAGUAGAGCAUCUCAGAACACGCUGGCCAGCACUCUUCCUCGAAGCCCAGGUAAGCAGACUAAGAAAAGUUGGGUUUGUCCAUUCAUAUGCUCAUAACAAUCUACAUUUCCAUUGCAAUUCAGAUCUUCUUUGAUGGAUGUCACAUGGGCUUUUGGUUGUACUCACAAAUGGUGGUUAUCAGUAACAAAAUUCUCAGGGCAUGCUCAACUUGUGCUUUAUCUUUUGCUGCAGGUACAUGCUGAGUUUCAGAGAAUCACCAACCAGAGCCUGCAGCAGACGUUCUACGCUGCCUUGGACCACCACACGCCCCGCCUGCUGACCCUGUUCAGGGAGAAGGAGGGGAAGUCCACCACCUAUGGAGGGAAGUUCUCAAGCAUCCUGAGAGUGUACAAUGAGCAGGUCAGUGGAUCAGGGAUGGACAAUCUUGGUGUGGCUGCAGACUCUUGUUUCAAUCAAGCAGUGACACACCUGAUUCAACUUUAUCAACUAAUCUUCAACCAAGACGUUGUUUACUGCUUGGUUGGAACAAAAGCCUGCACCCACACCUGGAUUUUGUGGAUAAGAUUGGCCACCCGUGCACUAUAUGGACAUAUACUUCAACUGUUAGUUGUGACUGGAACCAGAUUAGAUUACUCCUCUAUGUUGGGGUUGACGAUCUCAAUUUGCUGGAUUAUUUAAAUGCUAAAUUACAUUGUGAAAUGUGCACUCUUUAGUUCACUUCACAGGGAGAAAAGAACAUCACUGUGGCCCGCUCUGCAGUCCUGGCUGGUCUCCCUUUGUUGUUACGAGAGGAUAGUUCUGAUGUCUUCAAAGUCUGCAAGGUGGUCACCUAUAUGGUUUUACAGCCUGUACCAUUAUCAACGCAAUAUUCUUUUGUAUUGUGAUUUUUAAACUUUGUUUUUUCUUAUGUCAUUAAGGUGGGAGAACUCAGCAACCCUGGUAUUCUGGAUGGCGUUUCCAUUCUCUCAGUGGUGGGCCAGCACAAUGA